AUGGCGUAUGUUGCGCCAAUCCACAAGCCCACCAGCAUUCGACAUGCGAUCAGUGCCCUGCUUCCCGGUAUAGAAGGAAAGAGCCUGGUUCUAGCGAAGUCGAAUCGGCUCGAAAUAUGGAAGGUCGAGGAUGAUGGCAUGGUCUUGGUUCACUCCAAAAUCAUAUUUGGUGUCGUCACUGUACUUCAACGUCUCCGCCCAAAAGGGUCCGAAACCGACCUUCUCUUUGUGGGCACCGACCGCCAGGAGUACUUUACCCUGGCCUGGAACCCCACGAGACAGCUCCUCGAAAACGUUCAGGAACUUCAUGAUCAGUCCGAACCCCACAUGCGAGAAGCUGAAUGCCAAUUCAAAUGCGUCGUCGACCCGUCUGGAAGGUUCAUGGCGCUCCAUGUCUGGGAAGGUGUAUUGAAUAUCAGCCGCCUCAUAGAUCGAGGAGACUCGAAGCAUUUCAUCAAGUUCUUGGAACAAGUGCGCCUGACCGAGCUCUUUAUAAAGUCGAGCACAUUCCUCUACAGCCAGACUGGCCCGAGGAUCGCCUUUCUAUACCAAACCCGCAUUGACGAAGAGGACUCGAAGCUUGCCAUAUAUCGCCUCACUGCCGAUGAUAGGCACGCCAUCGCCGCCAAGUUCGAGCCUCGGGAGCGCCAACUUGACCUCACGGUCCCGGACAAACUUUCGAGAAUUCUAAUUCCAGUGCCAAUCGUCGAAGAUGAAAACAAACGGUACCAUGUCCGGAACGUAUCAUCUUCGAGACGGGCCCAGCCGCAUCUCGGUGGUGUGUUGGUUGUUGGGGAGACCAGUGUACUUUACGUCGAUUCCCAGGAUUUUACUACUGUAGAGUCCCCCUUGCCGGAGGGCGAUUUAUUUAUUGCCUGGGGAUCCUAUGACGUGACUAGGUACUUCCUGGCUGAUGAUUUCGGCCGAUUAUUUCUCCUCACACUUACCACCGAUGGUUCAGUUGUGACCGGAAUUGAAGUCGCUCCCCUUGGCCCUGCUACCACUUCUAGGGCGUCCAGUCUGGUUUACUUGGGCGAUUGCCUCCUUUUUGUAGGCUCGCACUAUGGUAACUCCCAAUUCAUUCGCGUUGAUGUCGAUGCUCUCAAAGCAGAACCGGCAGCCACGCCCCCAUCCUUCUCAAACAAUGCCCCCAUACUAGAUUUUGUUAUUAUGGAUAUGGGUAACCGGGAAGGUGACAGUCAGGGCGGAAACUCAUUUUCUUCUGGACAAGCGCGCCUCGUUGCAGGCUGCGGAGUGUUUGAAUCUGGAAGCUUGCGAAGCAUUCGGAGCGGUGUUGGCCUUGAGGACCUGGGCAUUAUCGACGACUUCAACCAUGUCAAAGGGCUUUUCUCUCUGGCGUCAAACAGAGAAAAUAAAACAGACAUCUUGAUCAUCUCAUCUAUUACCGACACCCGUGUUUUUAGAUUCGAUAAAGACGGCGGGAUUGAAGAGCUCACGUCGUUUCGCGGUCUGAAACUAGACCGGCGAUCCAUUCUGGUAUCAGCUUUGCCCUCUGGCCAGUUACUCCAGGUCACAUGCAACGAAGUCAUCUUACUAGACACCGAAAGUGGUGUUGUCACCUCAUCCUGGGAGCCGCCUAAGACGGGGGGCGAUGAGGGCUCGCCGGACGCAACCGAGAUCACUACUGCUUCCGCCAACGAUGAUUGGCUUCUGUUGUCGGUAAACGGCACGCAGCUCGUUUCACUCAGCCUGCGAGAGGAAUUAAAAGCGGUUAGCAAAACGCUAAGUCCAAUCACUGGGUCGGAAAAGGAUGAUCAGAUAGCAUGUCUACACGCAUCUCCCACACUUCCAAACGUGGGUGUUGUGGGCUUCUGGAAAUCAGCGUCCAUCACUCUGUGUGAUUUGAAAACCCUAGCGCCAAUACAUGGUGAGAGUAUACCAAGGACGGAAGGCAGCGCAUCGGUUCCCCGAGACGCUGUGCUGGUGCAAGUACACCCGCCUAACGUGUCUGGACCCACGCUUCUCGUUGCAAUGGCCGAUGGGCACGUUGUCACAUUCAAUGUGUCCAAGGAGGAUUUCUCCCUCUCUGGGAGGAAAUCUGUUAUUUUGGGAACGCAGCCACCUCGGUUGCAUAUUCUUCCUGAGGCUGGUGGAUUUUCCAAUGUGUUCGCGACAACUGAACAUGCUAGCUUGAUUCAUAGCUCGGAAGGCCGGCUUGUAUAUUCGGCUACAACGGCGGAAGAUGCCAUAUACGUGGUGCCGUUCGACGCGGAGGCAUACCCGCAGUCGAUAAUUAUUGCGACUGGCACGCACUUGAAGUUAUCACAGCUGGAUACGGAGAGGAGGACGCAGAUCAAUGCGUUUCCGCUUGGAGAGACGGUGAGACGGCUCGCUUAUUCGCCCACGCUCAAAGCCUUCGGUCUGGGAUGUCUUGUACGGACUCUAACCACAGACCCCCCCGAGGAGCUUGUGCAAACUCGUAUCUGCCUUGUAGAUGAGGUUAUGUUCGAGCUCCUUGGGGAGCCAUACCUAUUACCUACCCCCGAUGGCCAUGAAUUUCCAGAAUGCAUCAUCCGGGCAGAGCUUCCAGAUGCCAGUGGAGAGCUGGUGGAACGGUUCAUUGUAGGAACCAGCAUCUCCGCAGACUCGACAACAGGCAAUGCCCCUGCCCAUGGCGGCCAAAUCCUUGUCCUGGGGGUCGACAGUGAUCGCAAGCUCUUUAAGGUGACUUCCAAACUCCUACAAGGUGCUUGUAAAUCCUUAGGUGUUCUCGGAGACCGAAUUGUCGCCGGCUUGUCCACCUCUGUCAUCAUCUACCGGUACAUCGAGGAAUCGAGCACGUCUGCACAUCUCCAAUCCUUGAUUGCGUACCGAGCAUCCACAUAUCCAAUCGAUAUAUGCAUAAACGGAAAUAUAAUUGGCGUGGCGGAUGUUAUGAAGUCCCUCACGCUCCUCGACUUCGAGCCCGGCUCUGGAAAAACGCCACCAAAACUACAGCUUCGAGCGAGACACCUCCAGCCAGUAUGGGCUACGGCGGUCUGCCACAUUGAGGAUGAAUCCUGGUUAGAAUCCGACUCGGCCGGCAAUCUCAUGGUGCUAAGAGAGAGAACGGAUGCGGUCCUAGAACAGGAUCGCCAGAGGAUGGAAAUCACGAGUGCUUUGAACCUUGGGGAGCAGGUCAACAGAAUCCGACCGUUGAACGUUAUGUCGAGCAAAAAUGCCGUCAUCGCGCCGAAAGCCUUCCUCGGAACGGUUGAUGGCGGGAUCUAUCUCUUCGGCACUAUUUCCCCUCAGCAUCAAGACCUCCUUCUAGCCUUCCAAUCUAAAUUGGCCAAGUUCGUUGAGUCACCUGGUGGUACAAACUUCACCUCUUGGAGAGAAUCGAGGCAGAGAACUGAACAUAAAGGCCCGUUCAGGUUCGUGGAUGGUGGUUUCCUCGAGCUAUUCCUAGAUAUGAGUGAGGAAACACAAGAAUUGGUCUGUGAGGGUUUGGGUCCCAGCGUGGAGGAUAUGCGUAAUCUUGUUGAGGAAAUACGGCGGCUUCAUUAA